GCCACUUUGUGUAGCAACUUAAGCGACACACCGUCUUUGAGGGAUUGGGGAGGAUGUCAGGCACUUUAGGAAGAUGUGCUUGAUAAGUUUUGAAAGAUAUUAAAUACCCAUUUAAAAAAAUUCUAAAAUGGGUAAAAAGGAUAAAGGAGAUCGGGACAAAAAGUCCAAAAAGCGUUUCCAUGAGGAGGAAGAUGAUGAAGAGGAGGUAUUGGGCAGCGAGUCUCAGGAGGCCAUACCUGCCGCUGCAGGGAAACAAGUGGAUGAGUCCAGUACUAAACUGGAUGAGUAUGGAGCCAAGGACUACCGAGUUCAGAUGCUGCUGAAGAAUGAUCACACUUCACGGCCCCUCUGGGUGGCUCCAGAUGGACACAUCUUUCUGGAAGCCUUCUCUCCAGUGUAUAAGUACGCCCAGGAUUUCUUGGUGGCCAUUGCAGAGCCAGUGUGCAGGCCUAACCAUAUCCAUGAGUACAAGCUGACAGCCUAUUCCCUGUAUGCAGCUGUCAGUGUGGGGCUGCAGACUUCUGAUAUUGUGGAAUACCUACAGAAACUCAGCAAGACAUCUGUACCUGAUGGGAUCGUGCAGUUCAUUAAGCUCUGCACAGUGAGCUAUGGCAAAGUCAAGCUGGUGCUCAAGCACAAUCGGUAUUUUGUUGAGAGUGCCUUCCCUGAUGUGAUCCAGCGCCUUCUGCAGGACAACGUGAUCCGUGAAUGUCGUCUCCGUACUGCAGACGGAACAGACACUGAGCUUAUUACUGAAGUCAUCCACAGCAAGUCAGCGAUCUCCAAGUCUGUUCAGGACAAGGGAUGUACUUCCUCCUCACAGCAGCCCAGCGAUGGACAAACGUCGACCCAGCAGGUCCCUGAGGACAUCUUCAGCUACUAUGAGCAGAUGGAUAAGGAAGAAGAGGAAGAGGAAGAGACUCAAACUGUGUCCUUUGAGAUUCGCCAGGAGAUGAUUGAAGAGCUGCAGAAGCGCUGCAUUCAGCUGGAGUACCCCCUCCUAGCAGAGUACGACUUUCGCAAUGAUACAGUCAACCCAGACAUCAACAUAGACCUGAAGCCCACUGCUGUGUUGAGGCCCUACCAGGAAAAGAGUCUGCGCAAGAUGUUUGGGAAUGGACGAGCUCGCUCUGGGGUCAUCGUGCUGCCCUGUGGAGCGGGCAAAUCUCUGGUGGGCGUGACGGCAGCGUGCACUGUGCGUAAACGCUGCCUGGUGCUGGGUAACUCCUCGGUGUCAGUGGAGCAGUGGAAGGCUCAGUUCAAGAUGUGGUCCACUAUCGAUGACUCUCAGAUCUGCCGCUUCACCUCCGACGCCAAGGACAAGCCCAUCGGCUGCUCGGUGGCCAUCAGCACCUACUCUAUGCUGGGUCACACCACCAAGCGCUCCUGGGAGGCUGAGAGGGUCAUGGAGUGGAUGCGGAGCCAAGAGUGGGGACUCAUUAUCCUGGAUGAGGUGCACACUAUCCCCGCCAAGAUGUUUCGUCGUGUACUGACGAUUGUCCAGGCACACUGCAAACUGGGGCUGACUGCCACACUGGUCAGAGAAGACGACAAGAUUGUGGACCUCAACUUCCUGAUUGGGCCUAAGCUGUUUGAGGCCAACUGGAUGGAGCUGCAGAACAACGGUUACAUUGCCAAAGUCCAGUGUGCAGAGGUCUGGUGCCCGAUGUCUCCAGAGUUUUACAGAGAGUAUGUGGCCAUUAAGACGAAGAAGCGCAUCCUGCUUUAUACGAUGAACCCCAACAAGUUCCGCGCUUGCCAGUUUCUCAUUCGCUUCCACGAGCGACGCAAUGACAAGAUUAUCGUCUUUGCCGACAACGUGUUUGCCUUGAAGGAAUACGCCAUUCGCCUCAACAAGCCUUACAUCUAUGGCCCAACCUCACAGGGGGAACGUAUGCAGAUUUUACAGAAUUUCAAACACAACCCCAAGAUCAACACCAUUUUCAUCUCCAAGGUUGGAGACACCUCAUUUGACUUGCCAGAAGCCAAUGUUUUGAUACAGAUCUCCUCUCACGGUGGAUCACGCAGACAGGAGGCCCAGAGGCUUGGCAGAGUCUUACGAGCCAAGAAAGGAAUGGUAGCAGAGGAGUACAAUGCAUACUUCUAUUCACUGGUGUCCCAGGACACCCAGGAGAUGGCUUACUCCACCAAGAGGCAGAGGUUCCUGGUGGAUCAGGGAUACAGCUUUAAGGUGAUCACAAAGUUGGCAGGUAUGGAGGAAGAGGACUUGAUGUUCUCCUCCAGAGAGGACCAACAGCUGCUGCUUCAGAAGGUCCUGGCUGCUUCCGACCUGGAUGCUGAGGAGGAAGUGGUGGCAGGGGAGUUGGGCGCUCGACCACAGUUCUCAAGGCGAACGGGCACCAUGAGCUCCAUGUCAGGGGCAGAUGACACCGUCUACAUGGAGUAUCAGAGUCGAGGCAGCAAAGCCUCCAUAAUGAACAAGAGCGUUCAUCCGCUGUUCAAGCGCUUCAGAAAGUAGAUUCACUGACUUAAGCCCUGAAGACUUCCUCAGCUGCAACAGGGCAAUAGGAGGAAGUUGGUGCACAGUAAUGUAUACUGAGUCUAAGGACCAGGCAGCAGGUACAGAAAGACCAGCUCGUCUGGAGAGCAGAGCAAUGACUGGAGAUAACCUGAAACUGAAAAUAAUCUGCGGUAAUGAUCUACUGCUUGUUGCUUCCUCCUGGUAGCUGCUGCUGCUGCUGAUGAUGAUGAUGAUGAUGAUGAUAGUUGAAAUGACGUGUACACCUGGUUAAUAAUCCAGCAAAUGAUGCCUGCAGAGCUCGACUGCUCCGUGUGAUAAAUGUGAAAGUUUCAGCUCCAGCUUCCUUAUGCGCCUACAUGCACAUUUAUUGAUGAAGUGCAAACUAGAUGAAAUGCAAACACUGUUGGCUCUCACUUAAAAGAAAACAAACAACAAAACUGUCAUUUUUAAGUGUCUGAGUUGUGUUGCAGUAGUGCAGCUAGCCAGUCGUGACCAAUUUGGUAUUGGUUCUGAAAUUCAGCCUAAAUUCAACAACGCUUGAAGGCUUUUAUUUGCUGUUCGCUGUACAGUUCAGCCACAAAUGACUGUAUGUAUGAUGAGUGGAUGGGCACUGGACUAUGACGGAUAGGUGGUGUUAGAUCAGCUCUCAGUCAUUUGGCAGUGAGUGGAAUAACGUGUCUUAUUGCUGUUAGUGGUUGCUUCACUGACUGUUCGCAGGGAGGAGAACAAAGGAUGUAUACUGGACUUCUGUCAGUGCAAAUGUUUGUAAAUGUGGCUACAUUUAAUGCAUAAAAACAUCCCAGAUUAAACCCACAUAAUCACUGGACAUUAGUCUGUUCCCGAUUGUUCCACUGAUGUUAGUUUUCACUCAUUUGUUUUGUUCUGGAAUUUACUUCUUUAAUAUUUUGUUGAAUAUGUUUUGUAAAAGACAUUAAAUCUUGAA